AUGACGAUCUCGACCCAAACGAUGUUGCUCAAGGGCAUGGUGCUUGGCGCUGUUCUUCUGGCCGGCACCGGCAGCGGUGUCGCUGCGGGCAAAGCUGGCACCAUGGAAGUCGUGGGUAAGUCGGGCGUAUCGGCUCAGAUGAUGUUCCUUGGAACGGAACAAAAGGUCUACAUCCUCGACAAGACCGAAAACAACCCGGUCCAGGUCAAUGGUCACCCAGCCUGGGCCGUCGAGUACGACAUCAACUCGAACAACUACCGCACCAUGGAAGUGCGUUCCAACACGUUCUGUGCCGGCGGAAUGACGCUCGGCAACGGCAGGUGGCUGGUGACGGGCGGCAACAAGGCCGUCACCACCAACGGAGCCACCGCUAAAGCAGGUGCGGGAUACGGCGCAUACAACGGCGGCAGGGCUCUUCGUUUCAUCAGUCCUUGCGACGACCAGCAAUGCCAGUGGGACGACCAGGCGAGCAACCAGCUCAACACGGAGAGAUGGUACCCCACCGUCGAGCCUCUUGGAGACGGAACCAACAUCAUCCUCGGAGGCAUGCGCGAUGGAGGCUUUGUGCCCAGCCAAGGAUCGAACAACCCCACGUACGAGUUCUACCCUCCCAGGGGCGACGGAGGCAGUCGUCAGAUGCCGAUCCUGCAACGCACUGUGCCCCUCUCGCUGUAUCCUAUCACAUACCUCAUGUCGUCGGGCGAGGUGUUCGUCCAGGCGGGAAGGGAGGCGAUCCUGUGGGACUACAAGCAUCAGAGCGAGCGCGCGCUUCCACACAUUCCUGGUGCGCCUCGUGUCUACCCUGCCUCGGGAGGCUCGGCGCUGCUGCCUCUGAGUCCUGAUGACGGAUACAAGGAGACGAUCCUCUUUUGUGGUGGUAUGAGUCUGGGCAAGGUGGGCAACUGGGGUAACGAAGGAGGACCGACCAUUGCCGUCAGUGAGAUCCCAUCGUCAACGUCGUGCGAGCAGAUCAGCCCUCUGAAGGGCGCCUCGUGGGAAGCUGUCGACGACCUGCCCCAGGGUCGCUCCAUGGGCCAGUUUAUCCAGCUUCCCGAUGGCACGCUCUGGUUCGGCAACGGUGUCACGACGGGAGUCGCGGGCUACAACACCAACCCGAACGCCGUCGGUCGCCCUGUUGGUGAGUCGUACGGCGACAACCCGUCGUACCAGCCGCUGGUGUACAACCCCAAGGCGAGCAAAGGCAACCGCUGGAAGCGCGUGGGAAGCACCAACAUCGGUCGCCUUUACCACUCGUCCGCCACGCUGCUUCCCGACUCGUCCAUCCUUGUCUCGGGCUCCAACCCCAACGCUGACGUCAACUACAACGUCAAAUUCCCCACAGAGUACCGUGUCGAGCGAUGGUACCCUGAAUUCUACGACUCGCCUCGUCCCUCCAACGCAGAUCUUCCACGCACCUUCUCGUACGGCGGAAACGCCUUCACCAUCCGACUCAACUCUGCUGCAGCUGCACAGAAGACCAAGGUGGUCCUCGUCCGCACCGGGUUCUCUUCCCACGGGAUGAACAUGGGCCAACGCAUGAUCGAGCUCAAGACCAGUCGUCAAGGUAGUACUCUCAGCGUAGCCCAGCUCCCGCCCAACCCGAACCUGUUUGCACCUGGUCCCGCGCUCGCAUUUGUUGUCGUUGACGGCGUGCCGAGCCAAGGCAAGAUGGUCAUGGUGGGCAACGGUAAGAUUGGCACGCAGCCGGUAGCGGGCGAGACCAACUUGCCUGGUGCAGCGGCGCGCAGAAACGAGGAGAUGCUCGACGCAAGAAACGCUUCCGAGUUUGAGCAUGGCUCGGCUGCUGUGGCUCGAUCGGCGGGGAUGGGCCACGACGAUAUCCUUCGCCGAAGUGGCCUGCACGCUCGCCAUCACAAGAGCUCGAUUGACCGCCUUUAG